CAGGAGACCAACUAUGAGGCCGAACAGUCAAGCACUCAAACACAAAUCCUCACAUGACACAGAGAGGGAAUUUGGAGGAACCCUGGGUGCCAUAUGCAUUCCCAUCUUCCUUCCGUUGACGGUGCUGUUCCUGAUCUGUGUGAGUCGAUCCCCGGAGGCCAGUGUGCUCCAGUGGCCCCCCUCCCUUCCCUCCGCAGACCAGCUGUGGGACCCUCUUGCCCUCGUGCUGCUGGUGGGCUGGAUUGCUCUGCAUGCCCUCCUCUAUGUGAUGCCAUUAGGAAAGGUGUCUGAAGGAUUAGUGCUGAGGGAUGGAACACGUCUCAAAUAUCCCAUAAAUGGUUUUCAUGGCCUGUGCAUCAGUGGUGUGUUGCUGAUGUUGUUAGUGGGGCUUGAGGCUCCUCUGGGGUAUCUGUUUGAGCUGCUGGUUCCUCUGGCAGUGUGUGCAAUAGCAGUGUCAUUCCUUUUCUCCGUCUACCUCUACAUCCGCUCCUUCUGGGCUCCUUCUCAUGCUCUCGCUUUGGGGGGCAACACAGGAAAUCCUCUGUAUGACUUCUUCAUCGGACGGGAACUAAACCCCCGGAUUGGAAACUUUGACCUUAAAUAUUUCUGUGAGCUCAGACCAGGUCUGAUUGGCUGGGUGGUUGUAAACCUUGGCAUGCUGAUGAAGGAGGUCGAGCUUCGAGGUUCCCCCUCACUCGCCAUGAUGCUGGUCAACAGUUUCCAGCUGCUGUAUGUGGCAGACGCUCUGUGGAAUGAGGAAGCCGUUCUGACAACCAUGGACAUUGUUCAUGAUGGUUUUGGCUUCAUGUUAGUCUUUGGGGACCUGGCCUGGGUUCCCUUUACAUACAGCCUGCAGGCGUCCUUCCUGGUUAUGCACCCACAGGCCCUCACUGCCCUCGGAGCAGCAGUUAUAAUUGCGCUGAAUGGUAUUGGAUAUUAUAUUUUCAGAAAAUCCAACUCACAGAAGAACCAGUUCAGACGAGACCCUUCACAUCCAAGUGUUGCAAGACUGGAGACCAUCGCCACAGCAACAGGGAAGCGGCUGCUGGUGUCCGGCUGGUGGGGUCUCGUUCGUCAUCCCAAUUACCUCGGUGACCUCCUCAUGGCCCUGGCGUGGUCCCUGCCAUGUGGAUUCUCACAUCUUCUGCCUUACUUCUAUGUCAUAUAUUUCACCGUCUUGCUGAUUCACCGGGAGGACCGUGAUGAGAGACAAUGUAGGGCCAAAUAUGGAGUAGCGUGGGACACCUACUGUCGACGUGUCCCCUACAGGAUCUUCCCUUAUAUAUACUGAAGGGAAAAGCACAUGGGUGGAACAGGACCAAAACUCAAAACAUAUUAUUCCUCGUGACCCUUCAAGUCCACGCAGACUUUAAAAUGUAAAUUACACAGAGGUAAUACCGGGUGCUGCUACUGGGAAUCUGCAGGAAGCUCACACGUUUAAUCAGCCUUGAUUCGUAAGGUUCAGUUACAGAAUGAUGUUCGAUGGAUCAACAUUUCUAAUUGAUUGCAUUUUGACUUUAAAACCUCAGAGGAAUUAGAUGCACAGUAGGUAAAGUCAGUGUGCAUUACACACAUCUCUUGUUCUGUAUUUCCAGCAUCCCAGCAUUGGAGGUCAACACUGUUAACAGCGUUGGCUUUUCUAAACAAAAACAGUUUAAUGAGAAAAUAUUUUGCCUGAAAAAAUGCAUUUCCAUAUGAACACCGGUGCCUUUUUUAAUGAAAA